CUCUCCUCGGCUCCUCCUUCGAGUCUCCAGUCUCCACCACUGCCAUCCUGGAGUUGCCAACUCCCAUGGCGCUCUCCCGCCGCCUUCUCCUAUUCCUCUCCCUCGUCGCCAUCACGGCGGGCACCGGCACCUCCGAGAUGAUCGUGACAAGGUGCUAUCCGCCGCCGACGCCCACUGUCAACGGCAGCACCAGCGCGUUCCGCCGCGAUCUCCUCUCGCUACUCGACGCCCUCCCCUCGGCCGCCGCGUGGACGGGCUUCGCCUCCAUGCGGACCGGCGGCUCGUUCGCCCGCGGCCUCUGCUUCGGCGACCCCGCGCCGGACUCGUGCUUCCGCUGCCUGUCCGACGUCGGCAGGAAGAUCACCGACCUGUGCGACGACGCUAGCCGGCGCGCGGGCUUCCUGAACGACGGCUGCUUCCUGGGCUACGCCGACAGCAACGUGUCCUCCGACAACGACAUCGGUGGCGUGUCAUUCUCCGGCGACACCAUCCCGCGCAUCGACGCCGUCGACGUGCAGAAGCUCGCGGCCGUGGCGCGGUCCUUGGUCCCGCGGUCCGUGAACGGCCAGGUGGCCGCCGGCGACGCGACUGCCACGGCGAGCAACGGCGACACGGUGCGCGUGCUGGCACAGUGCGCGACGGACCGCGCCCCAGCGGAGUGCGCCCGGUGCCUGCAGGAUUCGUCGCUGCAGAUGGCCAAGAGCUGGGGCCUCACGCGCAGCGCCAGCACCGUGCAGGCGGUUCUCGGCUCGAACUGCUACCUCCGCUUCGAGAUAUCGGCACCGCCUGUGGGAGAGAAGAUUCGGAGGAUCGUAAAGGGUCACAUCGUCCUGACUGUGUGCAUUGGCUUCAUCGUCGCCGUAGCCGUAGCCGUAGCCGUCGCCGUGCUGGUGGUGGUGAGAAGAAAGGCCGGGAAUACAGCAGCACCAGGUAUGUACCCCCUCUGUCCCUAGUGCUAUGUUUUGGCCUCGUUGUUGGGAAAUUGGCCUAAUUGUUGAGAAAUAUACAUCUGCAAUAUUAACACAUCUAUUUUAUCUCCAGCGGCGGAAGGGAAGCCAUGAUCUGACCGGGGAGGCUUGCUCCGGUGCACCCCCUAACUCAAUUUUCUAGGGGUAUUCUUGACCCCCGCCAUCUAUUUUUUCUCCGGCCCGCCGCUGCCCAUAUCCAA